GUAAACAAUCAUAACAUGAAGAUUCCGCUCCACAUAUCCUGCCUGUCACAAGAAGAGGUUUGAUUCUUUGGACUUUAACCUCCGUGUAUGUUUUGUUAUUUGCAGAUUCCGGUUCGGAUUCAAGUAUGAGUGCGAUUCUUCCGCGGAUAGAGCAGCUGUCCGCCAGAGUGGUCCGGGUUCUGGGCUGCAACCCGGGACCGAUGACCCUGCAGGGAACCAACACGUACCUGGUCGGCACCGGGGAAAGGAGAGUGCUCAUAGACACGGGAGAACCUGCAGUCCCUGAAUACAUCAGCAACCUGAAACAGGCGCUGAAGCAGUUCAACGCCAGCAUCCAGGAGAUCGUCGUCACACACUGGCAUCAUGACCACACGGGCGGAGUGGAGGACGUCUGCAGGGACGUUGCUGGCGGUUCUGAUGUCCGCGUCAGCAAACUGCCUCGCUCAAUCAGAGUCAGCGAGAGUGCCGGAAACAAAAGCUUUACUUACCUCAAGGACGGAGAUGUUGUCCAGACCGAGGGGGCCACGCUAAAAGUGCUGUUCACCCCGGGUCACACUGACGACCACAUGGCCUUGCUGCUGGAGGAGGAGCAGGCGCUCUUCUCAGGGGACUGCAUCCUGGGGGAAGGCACGGCCGUGUUCGAGGACCUCUACGACUACAUGAAGUCUUUAAAGAUCCUGCUGGACUCUCAGGCUGACCUCAUCUAUCCCGGUCAUGGCCCCGUGGUUCAGGAUGCGGGCUCUAAGAUCAGAUACUACAUCAGCCAUCGGGACCAGAGAGAGCAGCAGAUCCUGGCAGCCAUUCAGGACGGAGCAGGAAAGCCGUUCUCCUCGAUGGAGCUCGUCAAGAUCGUUUAUAAGGACACUCCUGUGAACCUGCACCCUGCAGCCAAUGUGAACCUGGUUCAUCACUUAAAGAAACUGGAGAAGGAAGGCAAGAUCAGCUUGGUGAAUGAACCUGCAGAGAACAUCAAAUGGAGGAGUAACCUGUGAUGUCCACGGAGGCCAUGAACAACUGAUGAUGAACUUCUACUGAUCAUUUAGUAAUACAGUAAAUGAUCCUCAGUCCUAAAUGAUCGACUUUGGACUUGAUAUUAAAUGUUCAAUGCCGUAGAUCUGUGAUUGACAGACGGUAUGUUGACGGAGAAUCAGGGACGGUGGUCACACGUGUUGCCUUGAAAGACGGACAGGACGGAGCUGAAGUCUGUGUUGAAGUCCAAACAUGUUUUCAACGUUAGCUGCAGCAGAAUGAAAAAGUGUUUUUUUUUAAUGCAUCGUUAUAACCUGUAAACUGUUUCAACAAGUGCUUCACUGAAGUUUGUGAUUGAUUGGAUGUGCACUAGAAACUUUUCUGCAAUACAUCUAAAAUACACAGAAGUGAAAAAGAAGUCUACAAAAUAGCAUCAGUGUCAGCGAGCACAUGUUCUAAUACUUUUACCAAACCUUCCCAGAAUGUCUCAAACUGGGAUUGUGUUUUUCUGAAGUUGCAUCAUUCAGACUUCUUCUUCAUCUGCAUUCAAGUUAUUAAAAACUUGAUUUGAUCUAGUUUCCCUUUUCUGUCUUUGAUUGGAAUAAUGAAGCUCUUGUUUUGAAAUGUUUUGCGACAGUUUUUCAGUCGGUCACUAGGUGGCAGUGUCUGCUUGUGCUGAGAUAUAACCAUCAGCAGAUUAAAAAGUCAAACUAAAUCAGA